GCUUGAUCUGUUCUACCCCUGUGCCCACCCUCUCCCUCUUUCUGUUCUGCGAUCAUCCGGACCGGCCAGCCUUCAGCAGCAGUUUUCUGAUGCCAACAGGGCAAGCUACCGAACAGCAGCCACAACGCAGCAAGAGGAUCACAGAUCGCCAACAGCAACAGCAACCUGCAGAUCGACAGCAGCUACAGACCAGCACACAGAUGGUGAUCACGCCUAACAGCGGAACGUCGUCUGAGACUUCGACAUCUAGUAAUGUCGAACCCUUGCUGGUCUGUCCUGCUCAAGGGCCGAAUGAGUCCAUCGCGGACUACAUUCAGAGAGUGAAGACCUAUACGGACUCACUAACCCUUGCCAAGGAACGGCAAGAUGCUGCCGAAGCAGAAAAACAGCGGUUGGCAGCAGAAGCUGCAGCCCAAGCCCAGCGUCAAGCUGAGGCGGAGCAGUUGGCGACCGACAAGCUCAACGCCGACAGUGCCGAGCUUCUGAUCUCUCAACAAGAUCAGUGGACAGCGGUACUCAACGGGAUGCGUUAUGUCCCCGUAGCAGGCGCCGAGCCGACGACAGUACAACAGGAGAGACAAAACCUGGCAGACAUUCUAUUGAACACAAUGCGCGCAAUCAUCUGGAACAGCACCAUGGGGGACCUUCAUUCCAGGUCUACACAGCAGCUGCAGAACGAUCUUAACCAUAAGGUGAAGACGCUUGCAGCAGCCGUCAAGAUCGUGAACUCCCAACUGAAACAGAUGGACACCCGCAUUGCUGCUCUGGAGGCAAGGCCUUCCCAAGCAGCGCCAGGCUGCACACCAGACACGGCGAAGCAACUCGGCGAGCGCAUCGACCAUGUCGUCACUAUCAUUGGCGAACUAGGUGCUUUCACUGGUCUGGACACGAUCAGCAGCAUGGUGGCCGCCAUCAAGACGGACAUCACCAAACUGCAGACAGGACCGGACGCCGCUUCAAAGAACUACAAGAUGCCGCACUUCAACAUCAGCAAGUUUGACGACUACAACAAGACGGACGCCUUGACAUGGUGGCAAGGUUUCCUCACCGAAGCAUCCUGCCGCGCUGUCCCGGCUGAAGACAUGAUGAAGGCGCUCUACCUCCAACUGAUUGGAGGCGCACAGGCAUGGAUGAACCAUCUCGCGGCCACCAAGAAAUGCACCAUCGCCGAACUCCACACGCACAUUCACCACGUGCACUUAGAUAGCGUAUGCGCAGCCUGUACACCGUCGACAAGUGAUCCGGUCAGCUCGCCACUGAAUUUCGAGGACUCGACGGCGUGGUUAAGACUUGAGGAGCUUGACCCGCUCACGAGAGAGGACUUCGCUUGGAUGCCUCUACCCUCAACCGGAACCUUGCCAAGGCCGCAUCGCAACGCCUUGAUGGCAAAUCUACGCUCCUAUUUGCACACUGCAAUACAAGCUCCGAUGACGGACGACGGAGUAGCGGUUGUUGAUCUCCGCUCCUAUCUUGCGAAGAUUGACCGCGAGCAUGCCACCCAAAGGUACGCCGAGACCGACGCACCUUUGCUCUAUAUCCGCAUUCAAAUCGGAAAGGCAACUUGCAGUGCCUUGAUUGAUUGCGGAGCAUCUCGCAAUUUCAUGAGCCAAGCCUUUAUGGCCCGCGCAGGCCUUGGCCCGCGCGUUCAAAGGAAGACGCAACCUACGCAAGUUACACUCGCGGACGGCGACGGCGUUCCGAUAUACUUUGCGCCACUUGCGUGCGAGCCAGUGUCUUUUGACAUCCUCGACACCAAGUUCGACAUGAUUCUAGGCAUGUCUUGGUUGCGUAGCGCCGAUCACCCGGUGAACUUUCAUGACCGAACCGUUCACAUCCGUGAUCGGAACAGAGUGUUAGUCCCAUGUACGGUCGCAACCCCUCAGACUUCGAUUGCUUAUCACGUGGUUUCCGUUGCGAGAAUUCGCGACGCCAUAGCUCGGAAUAACGUUGAGGAGAUGGGCCUUGUAUUCUUGCAUGCUCUCCCCUCUCCGGACGGACCAGCCGCGUCACCCCCGGACCCACGCAUUUCUCACCUCUUGGACGAGUAUAGAGACGUCUUCGAGGCUCCCACCGGAACGGUUCCGGAUCGGCCCAUACGUCACGGGAUCACUCUCGAGACUGGCGCCGUCCCUCCGCGUGGAUGCAUUUACCGCAUGAGCGAAGAGGAACUCGAGGUGCUUUGCGCACAACUCGACGACCUCCUUGACAAGGGCUGGAUUCGCCCUAGUUGUUCGCCUUACGGUGCCCCUGUUCUCUUCGUCCGGAAGAAGAACAAAGAUCCACGGUUAUGCAUCGAUUAUAGAAAACUUAACGCACAAACCGUAAAGAACGUCGGCCCUCUCCCUCGGAUCGAUGAUCUCCUUGAGCGGUUAGGCGGCGCGACGUACUUCUUGAAGUUGGACUUGAAGUUGGACUUCAAGAUCGGAACAAAACCGCAUUCAAGACAUGACGCAUUUCGUCAAAGGCUACAAGUCCGAUCCGACUUACUCUACGCUUUACGCGGAACUUUUAUUGGAUCACCCGCUGGCGUAAAGCGCACAUUAGCACGCCUCCGCCAGCGUUUUCACUGGCCCGACGUCCUUCACGACGUCACGAGGUACAUUGAGUCAUGUGCAGUUUGCCACCGUAACAAGGGUCGAUCUCGAGUCCCCUUCGGCGAACUGAAACCGUUGCCGAUUCCUCGGGCACCGCGCCUCUCCAUUGCUAUGGACGUGACAGGCCCGUUCCCCCGCGAUCGCCUCGGCCAUGACGGUAUUCUCACGGUCGUUGACCGUUUGAGCAAGUAUGCUCGCAAGUAUCAUGCUGCAGCGCCUGAGCUCGCACGACUCUUGCACACCGGUUGGAUUACCAACCAGGGUGUUCCGGAAGACAUAGUGAGUGACCGAGAUACUCGCUUCAUGUCGGGUUUUUGGACCUCCCUUAUGGCUGAGUCCGGUACGAGAAUGAAGCCGAGCUCGGCUCGGCAUCCGCAGACGGAUGGCCAGACGGAGCGAGCACACGAGACCGCUCAGAUGAUGUUGCGUACGCUCAUCCGUCCCGACCAGAAAGAUUGGAUUGACCGACUUCCCGACAUCGAGUUCGCAUAUAACACUUCGGUGCACCCGGUGAUCUGCGUCGCGCCAUUCGAGUUACAUCAUGGUGGAGAGAAAGCACGGAUCUUCGCUGAUCUCCUUCUACCACGGGCUGCCGACAUAGACGUCCCUUGCUCUCCCGCUUCCAUUCGGAAGUAUCGGGACUUGCUGAUCAAAGCCCGCGCGAAUAUGCAAAAGGCUCAAAUUCGCAUGCAGCAGCAAGCUAACCGACGUCGACUUCCAUGUCCUUUCCGCGAGGGAGACCUUGUUUGGGUCCUCUCCGAGGAAUUUGCGCUCGAGCAGGACGUUUUGCGCAAACUCCUUCCGAAAUGGUUCGGACCAUGGGAAAUUACUUCUGUCGUUGGAGACGAUCCCGCAGGUCCUUCCUUUGUGGUCAACAUUCCCAAGCACCUUACAGUGCACCGGGUCUUCCACGCGUCGAAGCUGGCCAUCUACACGCCACCUUCCGCUGACGAGUUUCCGGACCAACGAUCACAGGAUCCGCCUUCUAUGGACGGACAUCAGGAAGUCGAGCGAGUCAUCACGCACCGCAAGUAUGGCAACAAGCCAAUGCAGUUCAAAGUCACAUUCAAGCAAUGUGCGCCUCACGACACUCGGUGGAUCUCCCAAGCAGACUUGCAGACUUCUGCACCCUUGAUCUUCGCCGACUAUGAGAAGCGACGACUUGCCAAGGAAGCAGUUUGUCCCGCCCGACCCACCCCGGUAUCGGACAGACAACUCCGCCCUCGCGGGUAGCUCGGUCUUUUAAGAGGGGGAGUGUUACAUCUUCGACGCCACACGGGUCCUACCGGACCCGACUUAGGGCCAAGGGGACACAGUAGGGCCUAAAGGCCUG